UUCGUGCUACAAUGUCUCUUGGUGCAUUUGAAAUCAUGACAAGGGUCAUCCGGUUUGACAACCGAGACACAAGACCUGACCGCUGGAGAGACGACAAACUGGCUGCCAUACGAAAAAUCUUGGACAAAUGGGUCGAAAAUCUGCCUAAAAUGUACAACCCAGGCCAAGAAGUUACAGUAGAUGAAUGCCUGGUACCUUUCAGAGGACGCUGUAGCUUCAAGCAGUACAUGCCAAGCAAACCAGCCAGAUAUGGCAUCAAAAUCUGGGCAGCCUGCGAUGCUAAGACCAGUUAUGCAUAUAAUAUGCAAACUUAUACCGGCAAACCAGCUAAUGGGCAGCGGGAAAAAAACCUGGGAAUGCGCGUUGUCCUCGAUAUGUCCGCGGGUCUCCAAGGGCACACUAUCACGUGUGACAAUUAUUUCACGUCGUAUGCCCUUGGCCAGGAGCUCCUGAAGAGAAAACUGGGCAUGCUGGGAACGGUGAGGAGGAACAAGCCUGAGCUCCCAUCCGCGCUUGUGAAAAUAAGGGGCAGAGAGAAAUUCUCUUCAGUGUUUGCAUUUACCAGUACACACACACUUGUGUCUUACUGUCCAAAGAAAAACAAAAAUGUGCUCUUGAUGAGCACAGUUCACAAGGCAGCCACAGUCAGCACAGGGGAAGACAGGAAGCCAGAUGUAAUCCUGGAUUACAACAAGACGAAAGGUGGAGUGGACUGCCUUGACCAGGUAUUUUACAAAAAAAAUUUUUGCAUUGUUUACUCAUUUUCCUAUGACAAAUUGCUUGCAGUUUAUAAUUUGUAA